CCAGCAGGCCAGCCAUAGCUGAACCAGUUAGUAUCAAAAGGCACAGCAGGUAUUCGGAGGUUCCUGGGAAGUGGGGAUUUUAUGAAAUGGAUCCCACCUCCCUGCCAGGAGAGAUCCUUAACCACAUCAAGCUGUCAUCUGUUCCUCUACAGCUUCUCUUCUACAUCAAUGGGAUUUAUUACAUCUUUUACUUCUUGGCGACUCUUGCAAUGAUUGUUUAUAAAAGUCAAGUUUUCAGUUAUCCAGAUGAUUUUUUGGCUCCUGAUCUUGCCUUGCUUUUCAUUAUGGCCAUUCUUGAAGUGCUGCGAUUAUACCUGGGUUCAAAGGGUAACCUGACAGAAGAGGAGGCUCCGUUAGGGCUCAGUCUUGUGAUCACAGUUGGAAGUGUGCUCCUGUCUGUGUAUUUCCUGGUGUGGCAAACGUACGUGCUGAAAGCAGACGUCAUUAUCAACGCUGUUCUCCUCUUUACCUAUGGGCUUGAGUCAGUGCUAAAGGUCACAGCCAUCGCUGCCUUCGUCAGCUAA